UUUUUAUAACGGUAUUCUUUAUAGUUACAAUAACAUUCUUGUAAAUUUUUUAAAACUUAUGUACCGAAAAUAGAGUUUCUGAUAUUUCAAUUUAUCACGCGUGUUCAAAAAACUUCAAACUUAUUUUUGAUACUGUAAAUUAUUUAAAAAUUUUAAAAAUUUACCGUGAUAAUAUUAUAACUAUAAUAAUACUGUUAUGAAAAAAAAUAUUCUGACAUGUGAUUUUGGACACAAAAAAUAACUACGAGGUUGUAAUAGUGAAUUAUAUAUAGAGAAUUGUUUAAAGGUAUUAUUGGUGUCUAGUACACUUCUCAUACUGCUAUUGAUGUAAUUAAAUAUCGAGUGAAAUAAUUUUUCAAGAAUAUCGCUAAAUGUCACCUAUAUAAAAAGUGAUGCAUACUAGUAGUGCUAAAAAACAUUACUCUUCUCUACAUGUAAAAUCUCUUUUUACUUUCUCAAUGUGUAUUUAUUAUUCCAUGCAUGCUCAUGGAUGUGGUCUAUAUAUGUGUAUAUAUGAAUUAGAAUAAAAGAAUUAACUAGGAUAAAUACUAAUUAAUAAGCCUCUAAUUUGGAUUGGCAAUCGUUAUAGCCAAUUACAUGUGUAUUAUAAGCAUUUAUUAAGUAAAUAAUUCCACUUACAUUGUAACUCCCAAAUAUGGGUACGUACACGAACUUAUAAUCAAUAAAAUCACCAAUCCUUCCCAAUUUUUCUCUUUUCAUAUAUACCCUCUUCUACUUUCCACUUAUUACUUUUCGUAUAAAUAUAUAUAUAUAUAUGUAAACACACACACACACACAGUGUCAUUAGUCAUUACACAUACACAUAGAUAGUUAAAUACCCAUAUUUUAAUUCUGUUAGUUCAAACUUUAAAAUGGAGUACUCUACCCAACUCAUCGUGCCAAAGAUUGAAAACCCAUUUGAUGUUGACUGGUUUUUCCAUGAAAACCCAAAUGAAAACUUGGUAUCAUCAGUACUAGAUUUUCCAACAUUUGAUCAAUAUGAGAAUUACUCCCAAUUUGGUUCAUUUUCAUACCAAAAUGACCAACUUCCUCAAAUUGAUUUCAACAGCUUUGAAGAUUUUGAUAAUGGGUUUUCAUUAGAAAAUGCCUUUUUAAAUUUUGAAGAACCCAAUAUGGUUAAAGAAAAACCUCACCCAAACAUGGUCAUUACUUCUUUUGGUCAUCAUAAUCAUGACAAAAAUUUGAAAACUUGCCAUGAUGAUGAUGAUGACAAAAACAAUAUUGGGUAUGAUGCUUCAAGAGAAUUGUAUGGAAGUUUGGUGAAGAAAAAUCAUGAUGAAGAGACCAUGUCAAAUGGUAGAGUCAAUAAUAAUAACAAUGGUCAUCAUAACAAUAGGAAGAAGAAAAAGAAAGUUGCUCAAUUAGAAUUGGAUGAGAUUCAAAGGUGCUUCAAAUUACCAAUCAAAGAUGCUGCUAUGGAGUUGGGAAUUGGAGUAACAAGAUUAAAGAAAAGAUGCAGAGAGCUUAACAUCAUGAGGUGGCCUCAUAGAAAACUCAAGAGCUUAAAGUAUCUUUUAAAGAAUGUCAAGGUUUGUAUACAUGUGUUUUUGUCAUAUAUAUGUAUAAAUAGUUAUGAGUAAUAUACAUAUCUAAUGCUGAUAUUUUGGGC